CAACUCUCGCGAGACUUGGGCCGUUGACGGCGUUUGACGUUUCUCCGUCAACACAAUAAUGGCGGAAGCUGUGGAGGGAGCUUUACUGGCCACUUGGGACCAGGAUCUAGCGGAGGCUCUGGACUCGGGCGGUUCUGACAUGGACACGGAGAUGGAGAAAGGCGUGGUCCAUGUGCAGGAGGAUUGUGCGGGACAAAGAGCCAAGAUGUGGAAGAUCGCUCUGAACGUGUCCGGCAAAGGAGACAGUCUCUCUCCCUGGGACGGCGUCCUGGACUUACCAGAACAGACGCUCAUUCACAGCCGCUGUCAGCAGUUGAUUGACCAGCUGGAGGCGUGCGACGGGGACAGGACGGGUCUGGUGUCGGACGUGGAGGCGGUCAUCACCUUCUACUGCAAGUCUCGCAACAUCAGCUUCACCUCGGAGCUGAGCUGGCCACACCUCCUCAAGCCGCUGCUGGGUCUGGGGCUGCCGCGCAGCGACCUGUACAACUGCUUCUACGCCGUCAUGAACAAGCACAUUCCACGGGAGUGCGUGCCCAAAGGCCACCCCUUCCACCUGUACAGACUACUCCUGCAGUACCACGAGCCAGAACUCUGCUCCUUCCUGGACACCAAAAAGAUCACCCCUGACUCCUACGCCAUCCACUGGCUGGGCAGCCUGUUCUCCAGCCAUUGUCCACCCGAUGUCACGCAGGCCCUGUGGGACGCCUACCUCCAGCAGGCUGACCCUUUCCUUGUCUUCUUCCUCAUGCUCGUCAUCCUCGUCAAUGCCAAAGAAACCAUCCUUGCCAAAGAAGCAGACAGCAAGGAGGCCAUCGUCCAAAUGCUGGAAGAGUCUCCAUCCCGGCUGGAAGCUGAAGACAUUGAGGAUCUGUUCUCUCUGGCCCAGUACUACCAGAGCAAGACCCCUCUGUCGCUCAGGAAGAUGAACCAGAACCUGUUUGGGAGCAGCCUGGUGGCUCUGAAAGAGGAGGACAUAGACCUGAGUCAGGCUCUGUGCCUCCCCGUGUCUGUCCCUGAAAUCCUGCAGGCCAACCAGCUGCAGCAGGACGGAGUGCGCUUCUUUGUGGUGGACUGCAGGCCGGCCGAGCAGUACAACGCCGGGCACCUGUCCACGGCCUUCCACCUGGAUUCGGACCUUAUGCUCCAGAACCCAUCAGAGUUCGCCCUGUCGGUGAAGUCUCUCCUGGAGGCCCAGAAGCAGUCUCUGGAGUCGGGCUCCGUCGCCAGCGGAGAGCACCUGUGCUUCAUGGGAAGCGGCCGGGAGGAGGAGGACAUGUACAUGAACAUGGUGCUGGCCCACUUCCUGCAGAAAAACAAAGAAUACGUCAGCAUCGCCAAAGGGGGCUUCAUGGCCCUGCAGCAGCACCUGGUGGACAUGAACGUGGAGGGUUUGGACUCCUCCUACAUCCACUGGAUCGUCAGCACCUCGGGAUCGCACAGCAGCCUGAGUUCGGCAGACGGGGACUCUCUCAGCGACAGCAAAGGUGUCAAGUCUCUGGUCAACAAGAUGACCUUCGCCCUCAAGUCCAAGUCGGUGAACGUAAAAGAAAAGAUGAUCAGCUUCAUUGAGAACACGGCGACACCUGUUGACAGAAUGUCUUUCAAUCUGCCCUGGCCAGAGAAGGUGAUUCCCGAUAGACACGUCAGCAGCAGCGACCGGGUGGGCAAGCCGUAUCGGGGCGUGAAGCCCGUCUUCAGUAUCGGCGACGAAGAGGAGUACGAUACAGACGAGAUCGACAGCUCGUCCAUGUCCGACGACGACAGGAAGGAGAUCGUCAACAUCCAGACCUGGGUCAACAAAGCGGACGUCAAGCAUCACAUCCCGUGCAACGAGGUCAAGGAGACGGGUCACAUGUUCCCCAGCCACCUGCUCGUCACGGCGACUCACAUGUACUGCAUACGCGAAAUCGCCUCCAGGAAAGGUUUCGCGUACAUCCAGUCCAGGCAAGCGCUGAGCUCCGUGGUGAAGAUCACAUCGAAGAAGAAGCACCCGGAGCUCAUCACCUUCAAGUUCGGAAGCAACAACUCUGCGGGAGUGGAGAUCUCCGCAGUGGAACGGUAUUUGAUACCCAACGCCGGCGACGCCACCAAGGUGAUCAAGCAGCAGAUCAUGAAAGUCCUGGAUGCCCUGGAGAGCUCCUAAAAGAGGGACCGAGGACUCUGCAGAUCGUGGUCUGAGACUGACACACUCCCACAGUCAAGCCACGCCCCUCUUACACUAACUUAUGAAAUCUGUAAUAUAUUUAUAUAUAUAUAUAUACUGUAUUUUUCUUUGAUUCUACAAACAUGACAGUAUAAUUCUACUUUGGACGCUCCCUUCCGGCCUUAACUGAGCACAGGUUUCAGGAUUCCAGUUUGAAGUCCUCAUCCACACAAGAGGACUAAGUCUGGCACUGCCUUUGGAGCCCGGAGAGUAACACCACUUGAUUUCAACAACAAUAACAAAAAAAAAGCAGGAAUCACGAGGGGAAUGUUCCCUUUUUGAGGCUCCUCCCACUGGACUCUCGCAAAGGCUUCCAAGUUGUUUGUGUCCCAAAGCCAGGUUGGUAAAUAGAGGGCAGCCUUAUUGAGGUGGAGUAUAAAUAUGUACAUAGGUGAGUGCUGCCAUAUCAAGCACAUCCUGAGGUGAGACGUUCAAAGGUCUAAAUAUUCUCUCCUUUGCUUGCCUUUCGUCCCGCUUGUGACAAGACGGUUCCAUGAUUGAAUGACUUCUCUUUGGUUGAUGAUUUAGUAGACUCUACAAUAAUUUCCAGUUGUCAUCUACAGUUACUUUUCAGUGUUUCAACAUCCUCAAUGUGGAGUCUUUGCACCACUGGAUCAACAUCGCAGGCUCCGGAUGUUACAACUUGUGUGUGGGAAGAAAUGCAACAUUGCACAUUACUGUACUCCUGUUAUUUUUGUAAGCGUUUUCUUGCUUUUAAUAAAUUUAACUGAUAUGAUGGCA